AUGGGCUCCAACCAUCCAUCCCGACUACAGCACAGACUCAAAGUCCUGGAUCUGCCUUGGUCUCACCCGGAUAGCGAAUACCUCCGACGGCUCCAGCGGGAAGAAAUUCAUGCGACUUACGGCCGACCCGACAGUGAACCAGGAACACCGCCAUCGGCGGACGACAUAUCUGCCUUUGUGGUCGCAUACCUUCAUGAAUCCCUGAACAACAGUACGGAGAACUCUGCUUCUAGUGGUAUCCCGAUUGCGUGUGGAGCUCUUCGUGCUUUAUCACAAGAAGACCAAGUUCCCGGAGAUGUUGAAAUCAAGAGAAUAGCGAAGGGAAGAGGGUGGACGAAGGUGGUCCUCGAGACUGGAUCGUUGCAGACAGCGGCGAUCAAGUUUUAUCAACGCGAGGGAUAUAAGGAGAUUCCCAAGUUCGGGGCCUACGCUGAAUCCGCAUUAUCGCUGUGUUUUGAAACACAGAUAUUUGUCAGUCCGUAG